CUGACUCGGUCACAGGCUCCGAAAGAGGUUUUUUUUAUUUUUGCACGCGGACAUAUUGGUUAUGAGCGAAGGAAAGUAAUAUAAUUUAAAAUUAAUGAAAGGUUCCUGAAAGAAUCUUCAAAACAUUUCAGUUGACUCAAAAAUUCCUUAAAUUUCCUUAGAAUUUUCAAAAAUUCCUUAGAUUUCCUUGAUUCCUUUUUUUUCCUUGAAACGUCUUUUUUCGGUCAAAAUUUCCUUGAAAAAGGAAAUUUCCUUGAAAGUGGAAACACUGAGUCCCUCACAAUCCUAAACCUUCAGCAAAACCCCUGCCUCAUCCCCAAGCGCUAAUAAAAAAUUUCAUGCGAGUCACUAUAUGAAAGGUUUACAUGAAGUAGUGUAUCACAUUAUAGGCGCGCAAAGGCCCAUAAACCCCUGCGCUUGUUCGUCGCAACGCAUUACUUCAUGUAAACCUUUCAUAUGGUGACUCGCAUGAAAUUUUUUAUUAGCGCCAGCUGGGGACGAGGCAGGCAAAACCCUGAAUAGGCCCCAUGGAUACCAAUGCCGAAAGGUACUUUUGAAAACUAGAAUCUAAAAACAGCAAAAAACAGCACGUUAUCGGCCUAUAGUCAGGUCUUUAUCAUGGUUGCACUUUAUGCAAACCGAUUUCCAUGUUCGUGGAUCGUCAAGGUCAUAACAUCUAAUGCUGUUUUAUAAUAGUUAUAUAACUUCUCUCUAAACUCAUUAAUCGUUAAAUCUCUUGGCAGUGUGUUCCAGACUCUAUAGUCCUAGAGGACAGACGCACGAAAUUACGUCACACAAAACCUUAUCCAAUAGUAUUCCCUUAUUUUUAUAGAUCAUGUACGCGUGGUAUUUGUAAAAUUUCGACUUUCGACUUGGGUGGAUUUGGGUUUUUUCUAUUUAUUACAUAAAAAAAUACUAGAUAAUAUAAGAUUUUGCCUAUGUCUUUUCACUUAUAGAUACACAGUAUGAGGUUAUAAUGUGGGAAAUAUACAUUACAUACGUUUUAUAGAGGACAAUGUAACCACAUCUACAAUACGCUACCGUCACUACGCGCAUAAAUUUAUAAAUUAAAUUAUAUUGCAGAACAGAACAGAACAGUAUUUCCAUUUCCGCGCGCGCUGUCCACAAUAAUUUUUGCCAGGUUGUAUGCGCUGUUUUUUAAUGUAACAUGAUUUCUUUUUUUUUCUAGUAUGUUGUGCCAGGAAUACUCUGUAUUGCGGCAGGUGCGACCAAAAAUGGCAUUGCGGUAAGGGAUAGUUGUCUUAGAUUCACAAAUACUGGGUUCAAAAACUGAAUGAGGGUUCCCGGGUUUCUAGGGAUCAAGGCAUAUUUUGCAAUGGUAACAUUUGGAACAAAGCUGAAAUCAUAGGAGACACUUGUGUUUCUAAAUUGUUCGAGUUCUAGCGAUUUAUCUUCCUCUGCACAAAUGGAAAAUAAACCUCCUGAGUCAGGGAAUAACCGUAAAUACCGCUAGCUAUGAAGUAACCUUUAGUCUUUUCGACAGGAACAGUAGCGAUCUAAGGGGCUUUAGUAUAAAUUUCCAGGUGACUAUUGAUUUUUCUGCAUUCUGAUUGGUCAAGAUUCACUGUCUCUGAAGUGAUAGUCACUGGUCAGUGACUAUAGCUUUUUUUUCAAAAUGGCUGCUCGUUUUGCCGUAGUAACAGAAGAGGAAAUUGCCAAAAUUAAAGAAGAUAGCAUUCCGAAAAAAACCCAAACAAGCUACAAAAUAUGGUUUAAAAAUAUUUCAAGGUAAAAUAUUAAACUUUACGUGCUUUUAUUUGGAAAAAAACUGGCUUAGUCGCAACGCGACACAGAGCCGUGUCUGAGAUUUAAAUUUUGUAAACAAACUAUUUAUAGUGAAAAUAAAUUUAUUUGAAGUGAAUUUUUAUAAAGUUGUGUGGAUUAUUGUUUGUAACCACCUGGAAAUUUAUACUAAAACAAUUAGUCGCCUCAGGCUCGGUGAUUACAAGCCUAUAUUCACUUCGCCUUCGGCUCAGUGAAUAUAGGCUUGUAAUCACCUCGCCUUCGGCGACUAAUUGUUAAAUAGUCCCCCCCCCCAAAAAAAAAGUGGGGGCUAAGCCUUCCCAAAAAAAACGAACAAGAUUCCAAAUUUUGAAGUUUAUAUAUCAAAAUUGGGCAAAUUUAGAGAAAAAAUUGAGGAAACACUGAAGAAAGCCGGUAGUCCCGGUACGUGUGUUAUAAUUAAUUAAAAUUGACAAUUAUCAAUGAUACUGAACUUCAGACAUCAUUUUCUUUUUGGCUUACCAUCUAAAAUCUCUUCAUAUUAGCCUUAUUUUACAGAUAAAGCACUAAACAUACUUUUUAAGUUUGUUUGCCGAUUGAGAAACGUAUCGAAAAAUAAAAAUUUUGAAUUUAGUCAUAACCUCAAGUGGUAUAAGCAUUAGUUUUGAGCGUGUUACGUAACAUACAAAAAAAUCUCCUAAUUCUUUCAUUCUAGAUGGGUUUUGCUUUGUUUUUCAACAUCAUUGCUGUGAUCAUUGCUAGUGUUGCUUCGGUCUUUUUGAUCUUAAUCACUGCUAUCAUGAAGGAAUUCCAGGGUGAUUACCAGAGAAGCUGCAUCGAAAUAAAUAAUCGGUGCAUAUGCUAUCAUAAUAAUAAUGAUCGUACUAGUUAUGUGGAAUGUAAGUAAAGGUUGUUUUUUAUUAACCUGCGAUCAGGCUGCAAGUUUGUCUGCUUGUGUGCAGGUUUCUUUGCAUAAUUUGUGUCACAACAUUUUCUUUUAGGGAAAAUGAAAUGCAGUGACAUUGACCCAGUCUAUUCGCUCUUCGUAGCAGCGCUGGUUGCGUAUAUUAUCCUCGCUGUGACUUCCUUCACUGCAUCAAUCUUCGGCUGUCGGGGUACUUGCUGCGCCCCUGUUGUAAGUUUAUACUUUAUGUGCUAUGAUUAACAGUUAGGGACCGUUCAUUAUUUAUGGGAGGUGGGAAUGGGUGAGAAAUGGGGGGGGCCUGAGAUUUUUCCGGAUGAAAAAAAAGGGGGACUGCAAUUCUGGUAAACCAAAUCCAGGGGAGACUUGGGAAUCGCCUCGUGUUAUAAUCUGAUAAAAGAUUGCUGUUGGUGCUUUGAAUAUUAAUACAUAACAACGAACUUUUUUCCUGCUCUCUGUCCUUGCUGUACAAAGUUUUAUAGCUGCACACAAAAGGAAUCACAAACAAAGAUGUACAUUUAAUAUAGUGUGAAUUGUACAGUGCAGCACUGUAUGUAUAGAGGAUAUUACACGCCGGCGCGAAUGGCAGAAGUGAGACCUCUGUAUGUAAUUACUCUGUGCCCAGAGUGUAUGCCCGCUCGCCGGUUAGGUUCUGGGCAUGACUUGCUUUACUUCUUAUCACGUGAUUUUCUAGGACCCGAUUGUGGUGGUAACCGCUGGAGUUCCAGUUCAUACCGGUGGCACAGUUGUUGUCUCGUCCAAUCAAUCCUCAAUGUAUCCCAUGGGUAACAUGCACGCCCACUCUCCUGCUUAUGAAAACAACUCUGGGGGCCACUACUGAUGGCUUACUUACUACAAGGCUUACUGAUUUUUCUUAUUUAUUAUAUUAUUAUUAUACUUGAUAUCAUUUUAUAGCUUUUAAACGUAAUUUAGAUGGAGGUAGUCGAUUCAGUUCCACAGAGAACGAAAAAUCUCCGUACUUGUAUGCCUUGUAUUAAAAAUACUGUAUUUAUAUUCUUCAAUGUUAUUUUUAGUAUAAACAGGCUUUAAAAAGGUCAAACUUAGAAUGGUUUGUCUUAAGUGUAAACAUUUUAGUCAAAUCAACUUUUAUGUAUCUUCGUUUAUGAAAUAUUAAAUAAUAAACUUCCA